GCACUCGGAAGAAUUUCAGAAGAACUUAGGUUAAAUUUCAAGACAAUUUUUCUUUGAGCCGAUUAGUCGUGGUUUAUUCCGAGAUCAAGCUUAGGCUAGCCCACAUUUACGUAGUCCAGGUUACCAGAUUGCAAUCACCACCGUUUCCUUUUUACCCUAACAAAGCUAUUCAUUCAAUCGAAAGAAAAUGGAGAACUGCAAAUUUCCAAGGGAGCUCCUGAUCGAGAUUUUGGCGAGAUUACCGGAAAAGGAGAAUCAUUGGGAGGUUUGGCUAAUGAUUGAAAAUGAUAGUGAUGUUAAUUGGUAUAAAUAUGCAUGGUUUGACAAUGGAGAUGAUUUUUGGAAGCCAAUGCAAAUUUGGAAUCAGGAUCGUCAUUUGCUCAUAUGUCGGAUGGGUGCUGAAGAGGAUGAUCGUGAGCCCCACUUAGUUUCCAUUGAUUUGGUAACUGGAGAAAAAAAGAAGAGAAUCCAUAAUAUUAAUACUCAUUCAAGUGAGUGCUUUCUAGCUUACAGUGAGAGUCUAAAAAUGUUUUAAGAAUGAAACACACAAUACGUAGUAUUUGCAGGCACACUUCUACAUUGCAACUAUCUAUGGAUGUAAAGUUUAAUAGUAGCUUUUAUAGACUCUUAUAUGUACACCUUGCAUGCACUGCAUACAUAGAUGCUGAAAUUGAUGUUUCGACUUUCAUUUUCUCAAAUUCGUAGAAUUCCAUUGAUCUAAUUAGUGUUAAAAUCCAUCAA